AUGAAGGGACCAUCUGCAAGCCUGGGCGACGACGAGGAGACGGCCGCGUUGGUGCCGCAACUGCCGGCGCCAUGCCCAAACGAUGAUGGGGCGCUCCCGUGCGAGCACGGCAGCACCGGGUCGUCGAUGGCGGUGGAUCAAGCCGAACAGGGGCAGUCGUCGUCAACAGCAAAGGCAUGGUGGACGAAGGUGCUUCCGACGAGGGGCAUCGGCCUUGUCAUGAGCGUCCUCGUCAUCCUUGCCUUGCUCGCCGCCGGCACCACCAGCAGCGGGUGGUUCCACCUCAGCUCAUCUUCGUUUCUGCUAGGCAGCGGAGCUGCUGGUGGUCGUGGACGAAACGGACGCCCACCUCACUACACCACGACGACAUCUGGGGAACUCCGCGCGCCGAUCCCCUUCACCUGCGGCAACGAGUCGUCCUCAGCGAUCCCCACCUGCCCCCGAGCCGCAGCAGCAUCCCCAUCGCCGUCGCCGACGGCGGCGCUACUACCGUCCUCCGAACAGCGCCCCGCCGCUGCGCCGUCCGCGACGUGCCCGGAGUACUUCCGGUACAUCCACUCGGACCUGUCGCCGUGGCGUGAAGCCGGGAUCACGCGGGAGGCGGUGGAGCGCGCGCGGGGCAUGGCGACGUUCCGGCUAGUGGUGGUGGCCGGGCGCGCCUACGUAGAGAAAUACCACCCCGCGUACCAGACGCGGGACGUGUUCACGCUGUGGGGCAUCCUGCAGCUGCUGGCCCGCUACCCGGGGCGCGUCCCGGACCUGGACCUCAUGUUCUUCUGCGGCGACAUCCCCGUGGUGCGCGCCGCUGCCUACCCCGACCGGUCCGAGGCGCCGCCGCUCUUCAUGUACUGCACAGAGGACCCGGCGCUCGACAUCGUCUUCCCGGACUGGACCUUCUGGGGAUGGCCCGAGGUGAACAUCCGGCCGUGGGCGCCGUUCCUGGAGGAGGUGGCGCGCGAGAGCUGGCGCACGCCGUGGCUCGACAGGAAGCCCUACGCGUUCUGGAAGGGCAACGCCAACGUCUGCGGUUUGCGCCGCGACCUCAUGCGCUGCAACAAGGGCUCCGACAGCGGCAAGGACUGGAACGCGCGGCUCUUCCGGCAGGACUGGGGAUAUGCCAACCGAAAUGGCUUCAAAGACUCCAAUUUGGCCAAACAAUGCACGUACAGGUACAAGAUCUAUGUGCAGGGGAGAGGGUGGUCAGUAAGCGAGAAGUACAUCCUGGCCUGCGGCUCCCCGAUGCUCCGCGUCGACACACCCUUCCGCGACUUCUUCUCGCGGGGGUUCGUCGCCGGCAGGCACUACUGGCCCAUCGACGCAGCUCGCAUGUGCCCCUCCAUCAAGUUGGCCGUCGACUGGGGUAACGCCCACCCGGCGCAGGCGCAGCGGAUGGGCGAGGAAGGCAGCAGCUUCCUCCGGAAGGAGCUCAGCAUGGACUACGUGUACGACUAUAUGCUGCACCUGCUCACCCACUACGCCCGGCUGCUCCGGUACAGACCCACCGUCCCGGAGAACGCCACCGAGCUCUGCCUCGAGUCCAUGGCCUGCACUGCCAGCGGCUGCGCCCGCGAGUUCAUGAUGGAGUCCAUGGAGAAGUAUGUCGCUGACUAUGAGCCCUGCGCAUUGCCUGGGCCUUUCACCGCCGACGAGCUCGCAGAGCUCGCCCAAAGGGACGUGGAGAUGCGCAGCAAAAUGAAAAAGUUGGAGGAGCAGGAGGAGGAAACAUAGGUGGACUACGAAUCCAUGUUCCGGAUGAGAGAUAGGUAUAUAAACCCAAUAAUCGGCAUAAAUUUAGUACGUCCCAUAUGCACUAAUCAGAAACUGCAAACGAGAAAUACAGAUGUAACAGUGUAGCCAAAUUGCCUGUUGACACUGUAAAAUGAUUGCAUGGUCCAGUAUCACUAUGAAAUUUUGAUAAGCUAAGACAUGGCAUUGUACUUCAUUGUACUUUAUUAUGAGGUAAAAUUAGGUAAUGACUCUA